UCAAACCGUAUGAGUUCAAAGUCUGUGUUCAAGGAGAAUCGUGUUAUUUAGAUCUUUAUUGUCGGUCGUGUUUGUUAAUCUUUUAUUUAUACAUUUCGUACGAUUCAGUUGUUUACUUUGUACUUAUGUCUUAUUGGAGUGACUUGGUGAGUUUACUAAAGCUUGUUUGUGUUGGUACGGAAUAACAUAAGCUUCGGGAUUUACUUGGGAUUUGGAGUACAAUAAUGAACUGUAUCAGUAUUCUCUGCCUUUUUUCUGUCUUUCCGUUGAUACUGAGUCAGUUAUCUAAUGAUCCAGAUCAGCUCUUGAAUUGGUGUUUGGAUGGAAUGCAUCAUAAGAGCAGACCAGGACCUGAGGAUGAACUCUUUGAACAGUGCACACCAUGGAAGAAUCGCUCUUGCUGCACACACAAUACAACUAGAAAUGCUCAUCUCUCUAACUUGUAUAACUUCAGCUAUGACCAUUGCAGCCACAAAAAGAACAUGUCUGAAAAUUGUAGAAGACAUUUCAGACAGGAUUUGUGUUUUUAUGAAUGUUCGCCGAACAUUGGACCGUGGACUGUACAAGUUUCUAUGAAAAUCCGCAAUGAACGUUUCUACCAAGUGCCACUGUGCGAAAGUGAAUGCAUUGCUUGGUUUUCUGCAUGUGUUGAUGACUACACAUGCACAGACAAUUGGGUCAGGAAUUUGGUAUGGAACAAGCAGGGCAACCAUUGCAAAAAAGGAUUGGAGUGCAAAACCUUCAAAGAGAUCUUUGGUACAGCUGAGAACUUCUGUGAAAAGGUGUGGGAUGAUUCCUGGAAGUACACCCCAGAUAAUCAGCCAUGUAUGAAGAUAUGGUUUGAUGGAGAGAAAGGCAAUCCCAAUGAUAAUGUUACUAUACUAAAGGUUAAAGAGUUGAUGGAGUGGGGAAAAUCAGGAGUUAAAGGAAGGGACAAUCUUCCUUUAAAUUUUAUUUUGACAGCAGUUGUUAUGGCUCUAUUUGUACAGCAGAAAAAAUACUGCAGUCUUAGUUCAGUUUAGAUCUGAGUUUGAGUUACUACUUAUACAGUAAAACCUCUAUGUAAUGAAGAAAGAUCUAGGUUGCUUUGAGACACAUUUAUAGAGGCUGUUUGCCCCCAUGUAACAAAUACUGUCUAUUGAUACUCCUAAUGAAUGCAUGUGACCAUAUUUAAUCAUUUUUCUUAUAAUAGCAGUUGGUUCAGCACCUACAGUUGUUAAAUCAUGCAUCUGCAAAUCCAGGUACCAUGUGACUGGGGUAUGUUAGAUUUUUGCUAAUGUUACUGUACUCCCAUCUUCAGGUGACUGAUUGUCAUACUGACUUUUUUAUGUUGUUAGUGGCAUUGGUUGACAUCGAUAAUUAGUUUUAAUGAGGCUGUGCCAUAGUACAGGUUGUUAGUUGCUGGCUUCUUACUACGGAGGCCUGGGUUUUCUUCCAGGGCUGUCCAUGUGGGAUUUGUGAUGGACAAAACGGCACUGGUACAGGUUUUUCUCUGAGUCCUUUGGUUUUUCUCUGUCACUGUCAUUCCACCUGUUCCAUAUUAACUCAUUUUGUCAUCUGGGGGAUAUACAGUGAGGCCAUUUGUAGUUUCAGUUCCACAGAGACAUUGUCUUACCACGUCAUAACAAUACAAAUUAUUUUUAACAAGUGCAUAAUAUCUUCAUACUCACUGCCAUGAGAAUCUCAUAUCCUGUUAACUAGUUAGUACUUUUCUAUGAAGAUAAUACAUUGAUAAUAAUGUCUCAUAAAUUUGUUUCAUUUUGAAGUAAUCACUAGAGUAUAUAGUUGGAGGUUUUACUGUGUUUUUAAGGUGUAGAGGUACAAUUUUAUUGGGGCUUUUAUUAAUUUUAUAUCCUUUUAUGUAGUUUUAGUGCCUUAGGCAAUCAGAGGUAUACCUGGAAAAGUCCUAGACAUACAUGCGAUAGUAAUAUUAAAAUGAAUCUUAAGAGAAAUAAGAAGUGAAAAUGUGAUCUGAAUUGCACUAGCUCAAGGAUAUGAUGCAAUAAUAGGUUGUGGUGAAUAUGCUGAUAAAUCUUUGAAUUUUAUUUCUAGAUUGGUUGAACAGCAUCUGCUCAAGCAAGACUACACAUAGUAUUAGUUACAUUUUUAUGACUGCCUGGUUUGGGUGAAAAUAAAUUCAAUUUAUUGCUUAACCAUGGUUUGUGGGAAGUUUAAUAGUGCAUGGAGUAUAUCCAUUUAUAGUGUUCUUUUUAUUAUAGGUUUUUAGUGUACUACACAGUCACAAAUGUCUCCCUGCCAUUGAUUUGAAUUGGGCACCAAUUUCAGAAAGGACUUUGUUUGAUAAUGGAAGGAAAAGAAUGUAAUUGUCUGACUCAGUUGGGUAGGAACACGUAUCUCAGGCAUAUUUGACAAAUGUGCAGUGGAGAAUGGAAGGUAGGAGUAACUAAUUGUUAUGUUGACUAUAGCUGAAGUUCUGAUUACAUUCAUUAUUAAGUGUAAACAUUCCAACAAAACUGACAUUCAUUUCACAGUAAAUGGUUUAGUGAAUUUCAGAAUUAAUUUGCACAGAGGUACAUAACUCAGAAGCUGAAUGUCAAAUGGUGAUGGUAUGUUAGCCACUGUGGAUUAUUUUUCAGUGUUUUCAUAUUUUUUUCAUUUAACAUUUUAUUAAUGAUUUCAGCUGAUGAACCAUUUAUUCAUCUUCCCUCAACCAGGACUCUCAUUUUUGGGGGGCUAAGUGAAUUCAAUAGUUUCUCCUUCAGGGUUUGAAUUAUCAAUUAGAUGCAAACAGGUUAUGAAUUUCGGUAAAGAAUGGGUGCUCAGCCUUAAUGAACAUAAUGUCAAAGAUACCAAGAUACCUUUUUGGAUUGCCUGACGAACACAAAGGCAGGUUCCCCAUAAAUUCGCAUAUGACUGAAUUUUUGGGACAAACAGGAAAUUGAGGAAUUUGAAUUGUGCCUUAAAAUGAGGCCAUGGGCUUAGAAGGGUUUGAGAGAAGGAAAUGCACUUCAUGUUUAUGAUGGGAAGUGGGAUUUCUGCAAACUGACAGAUAAGUGCCUUUAUUAUGUCCUCAUUUUUAUAUAGGCUAGCAUAAACAGAUAUGUAAAUGUACAAAAUGGAAAUGUUGAUGUUUUGUUUAUUCAUAAGUUUUUAAUUUUUGCAGCUAAGAAAGUGAUAUACACUGUACAAAGAGAUCUUCAUUAAAAUAGAAUUGAAAUUUAAACUACUGUUAAGUUGGCUUAUAGAGGGCACCUGGCCCUAAAUGGCAAUAAAUUAGAGCAGCACAUAUCUUUCAUUGCUGAGUAGCAAAUAAAUUAUUUAUUUUAAAAUGUAGACAUCAAGUUUAUCUUUCCAGUAAACCUCAAUAUGCACUUCAUUACUGACUCACCACACUUACACGCAUUAUUCAUUGUCAUUUUCAGUAAAUUUCUGAGGAUUUUCAUUGCAACAUACACAGUAAUUAUGUUUGUCCCACAUACAGAAAACAUUACUCCAUCAGAAGAGCAAAUUGUCCACGAAUGUUCUUAAUUAAUCUUUACAAGUUAUAAUCUGAAAGUUGUAGACAUUCAAUUUUUAGCUUCUUGUGCAUACUGUAAUGAACAGUUUAUCAGGUCAGGCCAGAUGCUCAGUAUAUUCUGUACACUUGCAAGGAUUCAUCUAAAAUACUUUACAUAUGAAUUCCCACAUUGUCUUAGGACAACAAAGCAGAGACCAUGUUAUCACAACACAUUACCUGUCCCACAUCACAGAUCUGUAAAUUUAUGCUCUUUGAUUCAGGUAAACCCAACUAAAUAAACAUCAGACAUGGGAGUAUGAUUUAAAUGCUUCCAAGCACAGAAUAAGGUCCACUUUCUGAUGCACAGAGAAAGACAAUCCUACCAAUUAAAGUGAAAUUAAAAUGAUCAGCUUAGCUGUGAUAGAGGCCAUAAAACGAGACCAUGGUCAAGCGAGGAAAAAGAAAAUGGGAUAUUUAUCAUGACAGAAGGGCAAUUAUAAAGAUCACUGCCUGUUUUCAUUUCACAGAUUUAUUUUAUUGCCAUUUAGGGCCAGACAUCAUGAGGAAGGGUGUGUGUUGAAAAAUACCCUUAAGUUCAUUAUGGGACUAAUGUAUAUAUCUUCAAUAAACUGUUUUAACUAA